GUCGGAGUUAAACAUUUAUUAUAUUUAGAAACAAACUACAAAGAUGAUUAUCGAAGCACCGCUUUGCCAAAGAUGCUGCUUUUGCCUGCCUCUUCGAAGGGGUAUUAUCGCGUUCGGAUACUUUAAUAUUCUUUGGUCGACUUUAAUGACAGCGUUCAUGAUUUUCACGGACCAUACCAUUCUUCUUAUACACGGGACGGCGCAAGACUGGGGUGAACCUGCAGCUUAUAUUGCCAGAAUUAUGGAUAUAGUGUUAAGCGUGGUCUUGGUUUUUGGCGGCCAUAAGAAUUUGACAGUCUGCCUAAAAGUAUUCUUCUAUUACACAUGUUUAACAUUACUAGCCAUAUUCGUUAUCCAGAUAUAUGCCUUAACUAAAUUAUUUUACUACAAUUCAGCAAUUGAGACAGGGUUGUUCAUCAUCAGUACAAUUAUUCAUGUGUACCUACUACUGCAAAUAAACAGUUUAAUAAACAAAAUAAACAAAACUACAUCCGAUACAGGAUAUGAGAAUCAGUUGGGUGAAUUUGGUGCGAUACACAUUGAAAUUAAAAAUGGUUCCACCGAUGCUACUGUACACAUCGAAUGAAGCAACGAGAAGUUAAUAUCAUCUGAAAAAUAAGUACAGAUCUUUUUUUACGGUACACAUAUUUACUAUUGCAACGCCCAAAGUCGUUUAAAAGAUCUAAAAUUAAAAGAUUUUUUAGAGUUACAACAGUCACGACUCUUUAAAUUAAAAUUAAUCAAAAGAUUAGAAAUAAUUUAAAUUAAAAAAGUUUAACCUGUACAAUUAAAAAUCUUGCCUUUAAUUA